UGUGGUAUAUAUCAUGUGUUGAUUAGUGAAUAUGUUUAGUUUGUGACUUUAUUUGAAGCAGAAAUAAUAUGUGAAUGCUUCAUUGAGCAUAAUUCCGACUGGUAACUACGCACUUUGUCCGAGCACAUUAUCGCACGCGUCUUGCAAGCCAUCUUAAAUGACCACCUAAACUGUCAUUUGGCAACCUAAAAAGAUGCCUAGGUUGCCCGGCUAGCAACAGAGAAAAAAAGUUAAGUGAGAGCCCUGUUAUGGGGAGAAGGCAGAAAAAUUGGGGUUAGGAGGAGGAGAUAGAUCAACCAUGAUUGAUGGGCCGAAUGGCUUAAUUCUUUCCUAUCACUUAUGACCUUAUGACUGUGGUUAAAGUUCAUUUUAUGAGCAGAGUAGACUUGAUGGGCCAAAUGGCCCAAUUCUGCUCCUAUAACUUAUGACCUUCCACCAGAUCUCCCGUCAGCGUCCAGGGGUUCCAGAGAGAACCAAGUUGGGGGACUGAAGGAGUUUUUUUUUACAGUGGGCAGUAUCUCUUUAAAUCAGCAGCAGGACGAGGAAGUGAAACCGCACUGGAGUGCAUCUCUGUGGGCCGCCCUGUCAACAGGAAACGGGCUGUUCGAGAAGGGUGGUGGCAACAAAAAAAAAUGGACCAGGGACAAAAGAUAUCUUGGUUGGAAGACGAGCUCUCCUGCCCAAUAUGUCAGGACAUCUUCAAGGACCCUGUGUUCCCGCCGUGUCAGCACAACUUCUGCUGCGCUUGUCUGAUGAGCUACUGGAAACAAAAGGGAGGCUGUGACUGCCCGGUUUGCCGGGAGACAUAUUCCAACAGUGAUUUAAAAUGGAACCGCACGCUGGCCAACAUUGUCGACUCUUUCCUGAAGGAAGCCAGCAAGGCUCGGGUGCAGGAGGACAUGUGCGGGCAGCACAACGAGGAGCUGAAGCUCUUCUGCAAGGAGGACGAGGAGGUGCUGUGUGUCGUCUGCCUGCACUCGAAGAAGCAUGAAAACCACAAGUGCCUUCCUUUGGACGAGGCAGCGAAAGAAUGCAAGGACGGCCUGAAGGCAUCGAUCAAAAUUCUGAAAUCCAAGAUGGAGAAAUUCCUUGGGUUCAGGAAUGAGAAUGACCUGUCUUUAAACCAUAUGAAGAGCCAGGCUUCGAGAACUAAAAAACAAAUCAGACAGGAGUUUCAGAAACUUCACGGCUUCCUUCACACCGAGGAGGAGACUCUGAUGGACAGUCUUCGAAAGGAGGAAAGGAACCAUAUUCAGUCAAUGCAGCAGAAGGUUAAGAGAAUCUCUGAUGAGAUUUCCAUGCUGAAAGCCAACAUUCAGGCUCUUGAGAGCCAACUCAGCCAACAAGAUUCUGCACUCUUCCUUCUGAAUCUUCCAGAAACUAGGAAAAGAGCCAACUGCACUCUGCAAGAUCCCGAGCCGGCCUCCGCAAUGAUUGAUGUGGGACGUUAUGUCGGUUCCUUACAAUACCGAGUCUGGAAGAAAAUGCUGAACAUUAUCAACACAGCCCCUGUGACCCUGGAUCCGAACACAGCCGCACCCUGGCUCCACCUGUCCGACGAUCUGACGGUUAUGGGCUACCGUCUAUCCAAGCUGCAGCUACCGGAUAACCCAGAGAGGUUUGACUCCUGCGUGUCAGUGCUGGGCUCGGAAGGAUUCUCCUCGGGAAAGCAUCACUGGGACGUGGAUGUGAAGGGCCUGACUGGCUGGUGUUUGGGAGUGGCCAAGGCAUCUGCCAGAAGGAAAGGAGUCAUCAAGGUGGACCCGGAGAAUGGCUUCUGGGCCAUUGGGUUGAUGGACGGCUGUGAAUACUACGCCUGCACCUCCCCCUGGCGCACGGAGCUCAGCGUCAGUCCCCAGAUCAUCCGCGUCGACCUGGACUGCAAGGCUGGCAUCGUGUCCUUUUAUAACGUUGAAAACAUGAGCCUUCUUUACAGCUUCACAGACACCUUUACCGAGAAGGUCUAUCCCUACUUCUGCCCUUGCCUGGUCCCAGCCAACACUAACCUCUCGGCUAUGAAAAUCUGCCCCCUCCAAGUGGCUUUGCAGAAUUAAUAGUGCACUAUUAACAUCUUGAAUCUGAAAUUGGGCUGAGAUUAAGCACACAGUGUGUGUGCAACUCCAGAUAAUGUUGCGAUGCCCUUAUGCCAAAACCCCCUGGAGGGUUAUUCAUUGUUGAGUUUCCCAUCACUGCUCACUCAAGAACCAAAGCUUGGUGAAAUAAUUCAGGGUGUUACAGCCUGAUGCUGUACCUGGAGUUGAUGGUUUUUGCAGUGAUGUUACUGUGCCAGCAGCUAACAUUCUGCAGCUGCAGAGACCCCAAGUUCGAUUCUCACUGUCACAAAUGUACAUCAAUUUAUUAUUAGUAUCUGGAGUUUUUUUUUUUAAAGCCAGUCUGUAAAACGGGGAGAUAACUGGCUUUGGUGAAAUUAAUCUUUAGACUUCAGAGCGCAUAAAUAAGCCCUUCAGCCCACCGAGUCCACACUGACCAUCGAUCACUCCUACACUAGCACUAUCCCACAUACUAUAUAACCAUAUAACAAUUACAGCACGGAAACAGGCCAUCUCGGCCCUACAAGUCCGUGCCAAACAACUUUUUUCCCUUAGUCCCACCUGCCUGCACUCAUACCAUAACCCUCCAUUCCCUUCUCUUCCAUAUGCCUAUCCAAUUUAUUUUUAAAUGAUACCAAUGAACCUGCCGACACCACUUCCACUGGAAGCUCAUUCCACACCGCUACCACUCUCUGAGACUGGGAACAAUUUUACCAAAGCCAAUUAACCUACAAACCUGAACGUUUUUUUGUACUGCAGGAGGAAACCGGAGCACCCGGAGUAAACCCACCCAGUCACGGGAGAACAUACAAAUUCCGUAAAGACAGGGUCAAACCCGGGACUCUGGCGCUGUAAGGCAGCAACUACCGCUGUGUCACCGUACCGUCUCUCUGAUUCAAGCACUGCCUUCAGGGACAGUAAACUGCCAACCUCAGCCACUAUCCAACUUACAAAUAUACCAAUUAGGAAUGGGAAUAGAACAUUCAGUCCCUCAACACCUCUGCCAUUCAGUAUGAUCAUGGGUAAUAUAAACCUCUGCUCCAUGUCCCAGAACAUCUCAUCCUUUGCUUAUCUAGACUAUAUCUACCUCCAUCUUAAACUUAUUCAACAAAUCUACUUUCAUGAGCCUUUUAGUUCCAGAGACUCACCACCCUCUAAGAAUCAUAGUCAUACAGCACAGAAUCAGGCCCUUCAGCCCAUCUCAUCCAUGCUGACUAAGAUGCUCAUCUAUGCUGGUUCAUUUUCCAGUAUUUGACCCAUUGCUCUCUGAAUCUUUCUGACCCAUGCAUCUGUCCAAAUGUUGUAUUGUACCUACCUCAACCACUUUCUCUGGCAGCUCAUUCCAUAUGAGAAUGUUGUCCCUCAAAAUCCUAUGAGGUCUUUCCCCUCUCAUCUAAAACCAAUUCCCUCCAGUUCUUGAUUCCCCUGUGUGCAUUCACCCUAUGUCCCUCAGGAUUUCAUACACCUCUAUAGGCUCAUAACUCUGUUCACUGGAUGGCUAUAGAUUGAAUGGUAAGAUCUUUCUGUACAUCAAUGCUGUCAAGGGUCUUGCCAUUGAUUGUAUGUUUAUGCUUGGUAUUCUCUGUCCCAAAGUGCUACACCUCCAAUUUACACAGAUUAAACUCCAUCUGCCAUUUCUUCGCCUACACCUAAAACUGUUCCCCACAUCAGAGGUAAAUAAAACUAGAGGACAGAUAUAGGGCAAGUAGUAAGAAAUUUGGAAUCUGAUGGGGACCUUUAUCACCCAGAGAGUGGUGAGUAGCUGGAAUGCACUGCUAGUGGAAACAGAGUCACAGUGAGCAUUUGAUGAACCCAAAUCACUUGAGCAAGGACUAGGUGCUCAGGGGCAAGAGCUAGGUGUUCAGAAAUGGGAUGCUCAGGAUAUCCACCGGAUAGCAUGGAUGAAUUGGGCUGAAUGGCCUGUUGCUGUGCUUUACGAUACUAUGAAUGAAAUUUACAGUACAGCAGACUGCAUUCCUCUGAUACGUCAAUUCCUCUUAAAUGUUUGCAUGUUUCUAGAGUCAUAGAGUGGUACAGUGUGCAAACAGGCCCUUCGGCCUAACUUGCCCACACCAGCCAACAUGUCCCAGCUACAUUAAUCCCACUUGCCUGUGUUUUGUCCAUAUCCCUCCAAAUCUGUCCUAUCCAUGUAACUGUCUAAAUGUUUCUUAAACUUUGGGAUAGUUCCAGCCUCAACUACCUCUGACAGCUUGUUCCAUACACCAACCACCCUUUGUGUGGAAAAGGUUAGCCCUUAGAUUCCUAUUAAACCUCUUCCCUUUCAUCCUAAACCUAUGUCCUCUGGUUCUCAAAUACAUUUCGAGGAAAUACAUUUUCUACAUUUAUUCUAUUCUGAGAUGUUGGCUUUCCCAACUAUUUUGGCUUAAUUAACAUCUCUGAAACAAGCCUAUGGUAUUGACAGGGAUCAGCCCUUUUGUCAAUCUGUGAUAUGUAGAAACGUGUAUCAGAUACAGGUGGCUUAAUGGAAAUGCAAAGAUAUUCUCCCAACCAAAGCCAAUUACAGUGAAACCUCUGCUACUCUAUCGGAAGGUCAAUUGGUCCUGGCUCUCCUCACAGCUGAAACAUCUGCCCAGGAUCAUCUGUGUAAAUAAAGCACAAAGUUCUGGUGUAACACAGCAGGUCAGGCAACAUAGAAAAUAGGUGCUGGAGUAGGCCAUUUGGCCCUUCGAGCCUGCACCGCCAUUCAAUAUGAUCAUGGCUGAUCAUCCAACAGUAUCCUGUACCUGCCUUCUCUCCAUACCCCCUGAUCCCCCUAGCAACAAGUGCCACAUCUAACUCCCUCUUAAAUAUAGCCAAUGAACUGGCCUCAACUACCCUCUGUGGCAGAGAGUUCCAGAGAUUCCCCACUCUCUGUGUGAAAAAUGUUUUUCUCAUCUCGGUCCUAAAGGAUUUCCCCUCUAUCCUUAUGCUGUGACCCCUUGUCCUGGACUUCCCCAACAUCGGGAACAAUCUUCCUGCAUCUAGCCUGUCCAACCCCUUAAGAAUUUUGUAAGUUUCUAAAAGAUCACCCCUCAAUCUCCUAAAUUCUAGCGAGUACAAGCCGAGUCUAUCCAGUCUUUCUUCAUAUGAAAGUCCUGACAUCCCAGGAAUCAGUCUGGUGAGCCUUCACUGCACUCCCUCUAUGGCAAUAAUGUCCUUCCUCAGAUUUGGAGACCAAAACUGUAUGGAAUACUCGAGGUGUGGUCUCACCAACACCCUGUACAACUGCAGUAGAACCUCGGAGGUUACACAAAAAAGCUGGAGAAACUCAGCGGAACCAGUAGAACCUCCCUGCUCCUAUACUCAAAUCCUUUUGCUAUGAAUGCUAACAUACCAUUCGCUUUCUUCACUGCCUGCUGCACCUGCAUGCCUACUUUCAAUGACUGGUGUACCAUGACACCCAGGUCUCGUUGCAUCUCCCCUUUUCCUAAUCGGCCACCAUUUAGAUAAUAGUCUGCUUUCCUGUUUUUGCCACCAAAGUGGAUAACCUCACAUUUAUCCACAUUAUACUGCAUCUGCCAUGCAUUUGCUCACUCACCCAGCCUAUCCAAGUCACCUUGCAGCCUCCUAGCAUCCUCCUCACAGCUCACAGCUUGGGCACCAACAUACGUGGUGCCCAAGCCCUCCACAGAUUCUGCCUGGCCCACUGGGUUCCUCCAGCACCUUGUGUUUUAUUCGAUUACAACAUCUGCAGUUUUGCCUGUUCACCUAUCUAAAUCUCUAUUGUGCUUCCUAUUAAACACAUUAAAGACUCAGUUUUAACAUGCUUAUCAAUGCUUUUUGUCUUUCUACAGUUGCUGUCUUAUGCCCUGUUAAUAAACCCCAGGAAAAUCUUUGGACGUUGACUUUCCAGGCUUCAUAGAUAAUUUACUAAUCUUUGGUUGCAGUGGCCAGUGGUGUGAAUGCCUGUCUCAUAAGAACAGUGAAAGCCUACCACUGCCCCUCAAUCUAUGAUGCAUUUCAGUUCAAUCAACACACUCAGCUAGGUCUGUCUCAUUGAAGCACACAUGUUGACAAGAGUCCACUGAUAGUAUAAUAUAUGUAUAUAAGCAAACAGGUCCUUCGGCCCACCAUGUCAGUGCUGGGAUCAAGUAUCCAUCUGUAUUAAUCCCAAGUACUGGCACUUGGUCCGGUGCUGAAUUCCCCCUAUAGUAGGAAUCCUUGCAGUUCUCCAGACCUCAGGUAUAGUCACUCUUCCAGCAUCCCUAGACUGCUCAGCCUGUGCCAUCACAUUGGCACACCUGCCCUGUGGUAGCAUCCCCCAAUGUCUGGACCUGUAACAUUUUAGCACAGGUAUUGAGCAGAAGCAUGGAUUUCCCUUUGGUCAUUGCAUUAGAGGCUGGCUCUGGGUUCCUGCACUAAUGUCUAAAAAUCUAACACUCUGACCAAGUGGACAAGAUUUCCUCCUGACUCGUGGUUUGUCAGUUAUGUAUCGAUCGAACAAGAAUGCAGAAUACACUGAGAGGUCCAAGGAGCUGAGGCAGCUUCCACCAGGGUAGGUGUGGGUCAUGCCAGUGAGGGAAGGCAGCAUCGCAGAGCCCCUUGGUGACGUUGAGAAUAUACAAAUUAGUAAUGGGAGUAGACUAUUCAGCCUCUCGAAACACCUCUGCCAUUCAAUAUGAUCACGGAUAAUGUGUCUAUAACCUUUGCUCCACAUACCUGACCAUCUCAUCCCUUGCUUAUCCAGAAUAUAUCUACCUCCAUCUUAAACUUAUUCAAAAACUCUACUUCCAUUGGCCUUUCAGGGAAAUGAGUUCCAGAGACUCGCCACCCUCUGAAUCAUAGUCAUACAGCACAGAAUCAGAGGGUGAUCCUUCCCAUCCAUCAUCAGUGCGGCACGGUGGUGCAGCAGUAGAGUUGCUGUCUUACAGCGCCAGAGACCCGGGUUCGAUCCUGACUACAGGUGAUGCCUGUACGGAGUUUGUAUUUUCUCCCUGUGGUCACAUGGGUUUGCUCCAGUUUCCUCCUACGCUUGCAAGACAUGGAGGUUUGUCAGUUAAUUGGCUUAAUUAAUAUGGUAAAUUGCCCCGAGUGUGUAGGAUAGUGCUAGUGUACAGGGUGAUUGCCAGUCAGCAUGGAUUCGGUGGGCCGAAGGGCCUGUUUCCGUACUGUAUCUGUAAAGCCUAAAAAUCUUAAACCAGUGGUGACCAGUCGCAGUUCUAGGUGGCAAGGGUCAGACAUCCCUGACCCUCUCCCCUCCUGCUCCCUUCAUGGUGUUGACUGACAGCAAGGCUAGUUCUGGAAAGUUGGCAGGUUUCCCCAGUCACCAGUGGAGGUUGGAGCUGAGAGUUUUUGAGAGCUGCACUCAGGCUAUGAAGCAAAGAGACCUCGACUCAGCUACAGAGCCCAGCCUCUAACACAAUGGCCUCAUACGAGAGCAAGCACAUGCCCACUGCGAAUCUGAUGGUGUCCUCCACUCCUUUAAAGAAUCAAUCGACACCAUUGGGAUACAUCACAGCUUGGCACGGCAACUGCUCUGCCCAGGUCCGUGAGAACUAGUGAACGUAGCCAUCCACUACACAUACCAGCCACCACCCCUCCCCCCCUCCCCCGUUCCGUACUGUUAUUUUCUCUCUUGCUCUACCUAAUGGAUGAUAUAAUCUGCCUGCAUAGCACACAAAACAAAAGUUAUUCCACUGGAUCUAGAUACUCAUGACAUUAAUAAAACAAUCCCUAUAUGUGGUUUUAAUUUGA